AUGAAAAUUAUUUUAUUAAUUUUAUUAAUUUUGGGCAUCACUUGCCAAUUAUCAAAUUGUCAAGAUGUUCCUGAUGAUGGUAUUUUAUAUCAAACUUUUUUGAAUUGGAUGGAUAACUAUGGUGUAUUUUAUACUUCUGGUGAAAUGCAAGGUAAAUUCCAAGCAUGGAAAGAAAAUUUAUUAAAAAUUGCAGAGUUAAAUGCCCAAAACAAUGAACCUGAUGUAGUUUUCACUGUUGAUGAAGAAGAACCAGCAGCUUUAAAUGCUAGAAGUCUUCUUGCUGCCGACCCAGUUAUCACUGAAUCUUAUCCAUCAAAUAAUGCCAGAUUCGAAUUAAAUCAAUAUUCAGAUUUAUCUCAAGCUGAAUUCCAAUCUAUGUAUGGUGGUGCUGAUGCUUCAUUAGCUAUUGCAACUGCUGCUGCUGUUCUUUCAACUGGUGCUAUUGUUGGUAUUGCUGUAGGUGGUGCCGCCGCUCUUGGUGCUGCAGGUGCAGGUGCUGCAUAUGUUAUUAAAAAGAAGAGAUCUGGUAAACCAGAACCAAAAUCAAAUGAUGUACCAAUGAAAUCUAAACCAGCUGGUAUUAAUAUUUUCAAUCACGAAAAACCACAUCACUCCAUUACUGCCAGAGCAGCUUAUUCCCAAAACUAA